AUGCCAGCUGCUCCAGCCGAUACUCCAGAAGCUCGAUUUGCGUUGCAAGCCGCUCUCCUUCUCCACGAGACAAAGAGAGGUGGCGGCGGGUCAAGCGGACGUGCCAGACGAUCGCUUCACAUUAAAAUCGUCUCUGGAUUUGCGGUGGAGCUGAGGUCACUUGCUGUCCUGUCUGAGCCAGACAGGCAUAAUCUUCAAGUGGCCGAGGAAUACAUUGAGUGGCUGGAACACAACACGCCUGAUCGUGGGGCGGGUCUCCCUGUUUUCUUGAAUUCACCUGGCCCUACGCUCUUCCCGCGGGUUCAUUCUGUUCCUCCAGCGGUACCUGCUAGCCCUUCUUCUGUUUCCACUCCGCCUUCGCCUUCGGUACGUGCCUUGGGUACUGAUCCGGAAAGGGUUGCGGGAUCUUCAGGGCUAGAGGCUUCCGGGUCGAUAAGUGUUCUUCCGAGUGGGAGAAGGUUGCCGCCCCAACCUCCUGUUCCAAAAGCUAAAACAGGAAUCCCGCCAUCUACUGCACCAAACGUUGGACCAUAUCUAACGCUCGGACAGCGAGCAGCGGUUAUCUCACCUAACAAUCCGUUGCUUCGCGUGCGGUCGAGAUCUCCACCACGGUCUUCGAGCAGCGGGGUUGGACCCGGGAGGGAGCGCGAGGCGGCCGAACAUCUUGCGAAUCCACUUGAAAUCGCCGCGGAUCCAGCCGAGGAGGCUGCCGAGGAGAUUCUUGAGCCAGCCGAGGAGGCUGCCGAGGAGAUUCUUGAGCCAGCCGAGGAGGCUGCCGAGGAGAUUCUUGAAUCAGCCGAGGAGGCUGCUGAGGAGACUCUUGAUACAGGCGUGUCAUCGGCGAGCGGGGCUGUACCCGAGUUGAGGUUCCGGCCUGUGGCGCGGCAGGUGACUUCGCUUAAGGUUGCGGAGGGGUUGCUUCCGCCGGGUACUUCGGUGCUGCUGUCAUUGGACAUUCAUUUGGAACAUCUGCGUGCCUUGAGGAUCUUGCGAGAGCACUCGAAUUUGGCUGUUAUUUUCUGCUCGUACGCGGUGAAGCAAAAGACCAUUGAUAAGGCGGUCCAGUGUAUCCACCGAAUUUGUGAUCAGACGAUUGUGCGGCGCCCUUUGACCUUUCCCAUUUUCUUCACGACAUCCAAGACUGCGCCGGGCACAGGCAAAGGAGCACGAUUGUCUAAUUUGGCGGAUAUCUUUAGCCGAUCGCGCCCCACUCCACUGACUUAUCUGUAUCACGUGGACGACCAAGAUCCGAUCAGUAAGAACGUGACAUCCUACGGCCAUCACGGUGUGACGUGGGCGGAGGAGGGCCCGCGUUCUCUGGAUCAGAUCGUGUGGGAGCUCUGUUGGCUCUAG